GCCAGGUUGACGUGGCGUUCAUUGAGUGUUUUUAUGACCGAUGCUAUAUUUAUUUGUUAAAAAAUUCAUUGAUCGAUCGAUUCAAUUAUAAUCAUAUCGAAAUGAUACAUAAACGAGACAAAAAAGAUGAAGAAGAAGGUUUCUGUAAUCCGUUCGCACGAUUGGAUAAAACAUCAGUAUUGCAAGAGGCUCGUGUUUUCAAUGAAACACCGGUCAAUCCACGAAAAUGUUCGUUAAUAUUGACCAAAAUUCUUUAUCUUAUAAAUACCGGUAUGGCUCCGUUGACAACACUCGAAGCAACCGAUGCGUUUUUCAACAUGACCAAAUUGUUUCAAUCUAAAGAUUCUACAUUGAGACGUUUAGUGUAUAUAGGCAUAAAAGAAUUAUCAAGAAUGGCAGAAAAUGUUUAUGUUGUCACAUCAUCAUUGACAACUGAUAUGAAUGCUAAAGAUGAUCAAUGUCGACCGGCUGCUUUACGUGCUUUGUGUCAAAUAACUGAAGCUUCAACGUUUCAGGGAAUAGAACGAUACAUGAAACAAGCCAUCGUAGAUCGUAAUCCUACUGUGUCAUCGGCUGCAUUGGUUUCUUCGUUGCAUUUGGCCAAAACCAUUCCAGAUGGUGUAAAACGAUGGGCAAACGAAGCACAGGAAGCUUUGAAUUCCGACAACAUUAUGGUACAAUAUCAUGCUCUUGGAUUGCUCUAUCAUAUUCGUAAAAGCGAUCGUUUAGCUGUCACCAAACUAGUGACUAAAUUAGUUCGUAGUCCAAUGAAAUCACCAUUUGCUGUUUGUCAACUUAUUCGUAUAUCAGCUAAAUUGAUCGAAGAUGAAGGUGCUGGAUCGGAUAGCAUCUACUAUGAUUACAUUGAAUCCUGUCUACGACAUAAAUCCGAAAUGGUUGUUUAUGAAGCUGCUAAUGCAAUAAUCAAUUUGAGUUGUACAUCGCAACGAGAACUUGCUUCAGCCAUUUCGGUUCUUCAGUUGAUGCUUUCAUCAUCAAAAUCAACAAAUCGUUUUGCAGCAGUUCGUGCAUUGAACAAAAUUGCUAUGAAUCAUCCGACUGCUGUGAUGGCAUGUAAUGUUGAUCUAGAGAAUCUUAUUACCGAUAAUAAUCGAUCAAUCGCAACGUUAGCAAUCACAACAUUGUUGAAAACUGGCAAUGAAUCUUCUGUUGAACGUUUAAUGAAACAAAUUGCUUCUUUUAUGUCGGAAAUAUCCGAUGAAUUUAAAAUUGUUGUUGUUGGUUCAACACGUGCAUUAUGUGCCAAGUUUCCUCGUAAACAUACUGUAAUGAUGUCUUUUCUUUCGUCAAUGUUGCAUGAAGAAGGUGGAUAUGAAUAUAAAAAAUCUAUUGUAGAUACUAUCAUUGCAAUUAUUGAAGAUAAUCCUGAAGCAAAAGAAACUGGAUUAGCUUAUCUUUGCGAAUUCAUCGAAGAUUGUGAACAUACAAGUUUGGCUGUAAAGAUUCUCUAUUUGCUUGGACGUGAAGGUGUUAAAACAGCUCAACCGGCUAAAUAUAUUCGUUACAUUUAUAAUCGUCUUAUUUUGGAAAAAUCACCUGUUCGAGCGGCAGCAGUUUCAUCAUUGGCAAAAUUUGCUGCCCAUUGUGAAGAUUUAUUGCCACAAAUUCUGGUUUUAUUAGAACGAUCAGUACUCGAUGCUGAUGAUGAAGUCAGAGAUCGUGCAACUUAUCAUCUGAAUAUAUUGGCAAAACAAUCAAAAUCUACAAAAAUGAACUGCAUAUCGAAUCCAUUACAAGUAUCAAUUGUUGGUCUGGAAAAAGCCUUGUCUGCUUAUCUACAGGAUACUCAUUCGAAUCAAGAACAAUCAUUCGAUAUCAAACAAGUUCCAUUGUCAACGGCGCCAAUAACUGGUUUAUUAGACGCUAAUCAAUCCAUCAAAUCUGAUUCUAAUCGUAAAUCUCUUGCCAAUGGACCUGCCGUUGGAGUUAACCACCAUGGUACUGGUGCAUCAUCGGCCAUUGAAAAGAUUGCCGCUACAAGACAAGAUCUUUAUGCUGAACAAUUGGCAUCAGUACCUGAAUUGAAUUCACUUCGAUUGGGACCAAUUUUAAAAUCAUCAUUACCUAUUGAAUUAACCGAAUCCGAAACCGAAUAUGUAGUUCAAUGUAUCAAACAUAUGUUUCGUGAACAUAUUGUUUUACAGUUUGAUUGUACGAAUACAUUGAAUGAUCAGAUUUUGGAACAAGUUUCCAUCGAUAUGGAAAUGUUUGAAAAUUUUUAUAUAAAAUUACAAGUGAAAUGCGAUCAACUUGUUUACAAUACACCUCGUUCGAUUUAUGUCGUUCUGGCUAGUGAUUCUUUUCCAUCAGAUAAUGAUAUCGAAAAUUCUGAAAUGGACAUUUCUCAUCUGUUUGGAACAUUUACCGGGGUUACUCUCAAAUAUUUAGUAAAAGAUUGUGAUCCCAACACUAGUCAAGUUUUGGAUGAUGAAGGCUAUCAAGAUGAAUAUGCACUGGAAGAUGUUGAUAUACUAAUCUCAGAUUAUAUGCAAAAAUUGAUUGUACCAGAUUUUCAAACCUUUUGGGAAGAAGCCGGUGAAGAGAAUCAAGUGGAAGAAACUUAUGCACUUUCGAAUUUCAAAACAUUGGAUGAAGCGAUCAAAAAUUUAGUAAAUUUUAUGGACAUGAAUGUUUGUGAUAGAUCGGAUCGUGUUCCGGAUGGUAAGAAUGCUCAUACUGUAUUUCUUUCCGGAUUGUUUCGUGGUCAGGUACAAGUUUUAAUUCGAGCUAAAUUGGCACAAUCAACCGAUGGUAUUACGAUGAAGAUAACUGUUCGAUCAUCAUCGAUGGCAAUUUCAGAAUAUAUUGCAUCGGCCAUUGUUUGAUUUGAUUUAUGGAUAUGACUAAAUUACUUUUUUUUCAUAUUGGUUUUUGUUUUUAAACCAAUCAAUCAAUCAAUCAAUCAAGCCAAACAAACCAACAGACACAGUUAAAUCGAUCAUCAAAAUUAAUUGUUGGCUAUUCAAAUAAAUGGAAAUGUUUUUUUUUCUUCACUUCACUUCAAUGCAAUUGCCUCUUGCUUUUACCAUUAUAAAUGAUUCUAAUAAAAAUAUUAUUUUUUUUUCUAAUUCUCA